GCUUAAAGAAGUUGAAUUUGAUGUUUUCAAAUCUCUGCUUCUACUUAAAUUAAGCACUUAAAAGCUAAAAACUGGAAGUGGGUAUAUGACUACUUCUAACUGCUUCUUGGUUUUUUGGUAAAUAAUUGCAACUUUAAGGAUAAUCAUUAGAUUAGAUAUUUCAAUUGCACCCAAAACCACCCUCCUUCAUCUCUCUUGCUUCAAAAGACUCCCAACCAACCUUACUACUUCUCCAUUAUCGACCGCUCCGAUUCCCCACCCAUGUGUGUGUUCUCCUCUCUUGUUCCAGAUUCAGCCGAGGAAAAUAUAUAUAGUUGAUUCUGCUCAAACUUGGUGUCACUGGUAUAGCGAUCGGAGUUGCAGCAGUCAUUGCAUCCCUAGUCGGCCGAUCCAACUCGUCCAGAAUUAUUUGUUCACUUCUGUUUUCACUUCCUCGUGCUAAUUCUUUUCCUCUGCUAUAAUUCUCUUCCUUUCUUAUUAUUCUGUCCACUUCGAGUUGGGUAGGUGCCGGUGAACUACUGCCAAGCUUUUUUUAAUAUUUAGGAUGGAAGUGGGAAGAAGGGUUGCGAAGGACAAAGUCAUGGAAGUAGAAUGAAUCCGAACUUGAAGAAUCUGCGGAUGCAGCCGUACGUAUAGGUCAGUCGACUCGCAGUGAAGAUCUCAUGACUGCCUAUGGCAUCUCCGGAAGUGGGAGCGUUUCCAAUUCAAUCCACGAAAGAAAUAUAUUGCUUGUUUGCUAUUUGAGCUUGAUGGCCGAAUUGAUGUGAGAAAUCUACCGCUGCAGCGAUGCUUUUAUACUCGAACUUGAACGUAUCCCAUUAGUCCAUUACCGUUCGCACCGCCCUUCCCACCAAUAGAAGCAAAGGAAGAGUUGAGAUCCAAUGGAAAACUACUCAUCAAAGGGAGUUCCAACAAAUGGGUCUGUAUAUGUUUGUAAUUUACCCUUUGGAACAGAUGAAGAUAUGUUAGCCGAGCAUUUUGGCACAAUUGGAGUGCUAAAGAAGGAUAAAAGAACUGGCCGGCCUAAGAUAUGGUUGUACCGUGACAAAGCAACAAAUGAGCCCAAGGGUGAUGCAACUGUCACAUAUGAGGACCCACAUGCUGCAUUGGCUGCUGUUGAUUGGUUCAACAACAAGGAAUUUCAUGGGUCCAUUAUUGAAGUCUUUAUUGCAGAAUCAAAAAGCAAAGAUGACCUCUCAUAUAACUCAGCUACUCAGGUUGGAGACACGAACCUGGAAAAAAGUGGUGGGUUUGCUGGCAUGGAUGAAGGUUCUAAGGAUAUAAAUGGAGGGGGUGGACAUGGUAGAGGCAGGGGGGGAGAUUCAUCAUGGCAACAAGAAGGGGACUGGAUGUGUCCAAAUACAAGUUGCUCUAAUGUGAACUUUGCGUUUCGGGGUGUUUGCAACCGUUGUGGAAGCGCUCGACCGGUUGGUGUCUCUGGUGGUUGUGCUGGGGCUGGUGGGCGAGGUAGGGGCCGUGGCAACAAUGACCCAGGUGCCCCUGGUCGAGCAGUUGGUGGUCCUCCCGGCCUCUUUGGUCCAAAUGAUUGGUCUUGUCCCAUGUGUGGCAACAUCAAUUGGGCUAAGCGCAUGAAAUGUAAUAUCUGCAACACUAACAAGCCUGGUCACAAUGAGGGUGGUGUGAGAGGGGGGCGUGGUGGAGGAUAUAAAGAACUCGAUGAAGAAGAGUUGGAAGAAACUAAGAGACGUCGACGAGAGGCUGAGGAAGAUGAUGGAGAAAUGUAUGAUGAGUUUGGAAACCUUAAGAAAAAGUUCCGUGCAAAAGCACAGCAACCUGAAACUGUCCAGAACAUCCCUGGUGUUGGGCGUGCUGGAUGGGAGGUGGAGGAAUUAGGAAUGUCUGAUCGAGACAGAAAGGAAAGAAGCAGAGAGAGAGGAAGAGGGGAUAGAGAUGAGAGGGAGAGGCGUAGGAGCAGAAGCCGUGAGAGAGAUCGGGGAGGAAGAGAGAGAGAUCGAGAGCGGUCCUAUGACUAUGAUCAUCGUGACAGAGAUUAUGCACGUGACAACAGAGACCGGAGUGGCAGGUAUCGGCAUUAGUGUUGGCAGCAGGCAUCUGUGGCGGCAGGUAUCGACGAAGGACGUUUUUUUGCGGUUUGGGAUUGUUAACGUAGUCUGAAGAAUAUGAUUAAACUUAGUUACUAUUUUUUUUAUCUAUUUAUUUUUUGUAUGCUUCUCCCAUCCUGUAUGUACUCUGGCCGUUAAUUUUGGCAUUUAUUUGGGGUGGGACUUGGGAGGAUCGGAUGCGGGAUGGGUAUCAAAGUUUUCUUCCCUUUUCAAAGUUAUGUUUUCCGUUGGCGAUUGGAGUAAUUUAUUAUUAUGUUGGAAUAUCAUUUCUGCGAAUCACGACAAAACAGCUCUUUGCUUGAAGGGAUCUGAUAUUUGAG